AUGCCCGGCCAGCGACUGCAGGGCUGCCGCUCCCUGCACCUCAACGAGGACAACGGCCGCUUCGCGCUGCUCGCCAUCCUCAUCCUGCUGUACCUGCUGUGCGGCGCUGCGGUCUUCUCGGCCAUCGAGAGGCCCUCGGAGCUGCGGGCUCACGGCCGCUGGAAUGGGACGCUCCUCAACUUCAGUGAGACCUUCAACAUCAGCCUGCAGGACCUCAACUCCUUCCUGCGGGAGUACGAGGCUGCCAUCGCCGCAGGGAUCCGGGCUGAUGCUCUGAGACCGAGAUGGGAUUUUACCGGGGCUUUUUAUUUUGUUGGAACAGUGGUGUCGACUAUAGGGUUUGGGAUGACAACGCCUGUGACAAUUGCAGGGAAGGUGUUCCUGAUAUUUUAUGGGCUUAUGGGAUGUGCUGCCACUAUCCUCUUUUUUAACCUCUUCCUGGAGCGCAUCAUUACACUUCUGGCUGUGGUAAUGAAGGCUGUGAGGGAGAGGAGAAUCAGAAACAGCGGUAUCCUUCCACCGGGAAUCCGACAUGACUUCUCAGCCUACUCUCUUCCAGGAUGGAAGCCCUCCGUGUACCACGUGAUGCUGAUUCUGGGAUUGUCGGCCAUAACCAUCUCCUGCUGUGCUUCGGCCAUGUACAGUCCUGUGGAGGGCUGGGCCUACUUAGACUCGCUCUACUUCUGUUUCGUCACCUUCAGCACCAUUGGCUUUGGAGACUUUGUCAGCAGCCAGGGCGCUGCUUAUGAAUACCAAGGCCUCUACAGGGUGGCCAACUUCUUCUUCAUGCUAAUGGGCGUCUGCUGCAUCUACUCACUCUUCAAUGUAAUUUCUAUUGUUAUCAAGCAGGUGCUCAACUGGAUGCUGGAGAAAAUGAGCUGUUUGUUUUGCCAGCAAUGCAAUAAGGCCAACACCUUCCUGGGCAGACGCAAUGCCAUCCGCCCAGGCUCCAAGGGUCGGUUCAGUCAUCCACCAGACUCAGAUGGGCCAUGCGAUAGUGACACUGAGGGACGGAGGCUAUCAGGGGAAAUGAUCUCUAUGAAGGACCUGGCGGCAUCGAACAAGGUGUCACUGGCUAUCAUGCAGAAGCAGCUGUCUGAGUCUGCCAACGGAUAUCCCAGGACGGUCUGUGGCAGCUCCCGUCAUAAUGGCUUCUCUGGGGGUGUUGGGGCACUUGGUAUCAUGAACAACAGACUGGCAGAGACGAGUAACUCCAGGUAGAACGCAUAGAGAGGCCGAAAACAAAGUAUCCUCUCAAGACGUACAGCAGAACCCUGAUAUGUUAUUGGAAGGGUAACUUAUUAUGCAUGACAUGUAACAUUUUGACUGGAAUUACAACCCUGCUGUGAGGAUGAAGGCAUGAAGAGAGAAUCACAGAGCUGAUCUUAAAGCAUGGUGACCAUAUUCUAAACCCAAAGUCCUAAAAUAAAACAAGUCACUAAAAUAUCAAUGCUUGGCUGGAAUGAGUUGGAGCACUCAGUCAGCUUAUCAGACUUUUUAUGGCUGUAUCAUUCUGCUGUUAAAGAGCCAAGUGAAGCAAACUGCAGUUUUUGCUGUCUUGGGGUGUUGCCAGUUCAUUUGAAUGUACAUACUGGAUGCUGACGAAAACAAGUAUAAUCGCUGAAUGAAUGAUAUAGCACAUACUGAUCUAUGCAUUAUAUUUCUCAUGCCUUUUGUACCAUUUUUCAACUUUCCAUCUCUUUCCCGUAUCCUAUCCUUUGGUGAUGAUUAAUUUCAUUUCUCAACAGUGAAAAGUAGACCUUCACCGCAUGGCUGUGAUAUAGCUGAUUUAAACAGGGUUGUAGCAUAGGGCAGCUUUCCAGUGCUACACCAACAAGCUACAAAGAGUAAUUUCCUCUCUCUGCAGAUGGAAAAAGGCAAAGAUGAAGAAUGAAAAUCUAUGUAUUGUGAGAGAGGAACUGGCCUUCUUAUCAGCUAUAACCACAUGUUUGAGUGGCCAGAGACACUGACUUGAAGGGUAAAAGAGGGCCCCAUCCAAAUCUUUCUUUACCCCGCCUUACGUUUUAGGCUUAAGACUUUACUGUGAGGAAAAUAAAGAGUUUUAGUUUUUCAGUUAGUGCUCAGUUGUAUCAUAUUAAAAAGUAUUAGUAUAUACAGAAUAAAUAAACAAUUAACUUUUUAAGAUGGGCUGAAGAUGUGUGUGGAGGUUAAUGUGACUGGAGUGCAAAGGUUUGCUCAUAAAUGUAUUUCUGAUUUCAAAAAGAUUCAGUGCCUUCCAAAUACACUCAUACCCCUCUAAGAUUUUGUCAAAUUCUAUUGAUUGACCAUGGUAGUUUAUACCUGUGAAGCAAAAAAAUGAAAAGCAUUUGUGUUCAGCCCCCUUUAAUCUCAUAGCCCUAAAUAAAAUCAAACAAAGCCAUCACCUCUCAAUCUCAGUAUAAAUACAGCUGCGCUGUGAAGGUUUCAGAGGUUUGUUAGAGAACGUUAUUGAACAAAUCAUGGUAGCCAAGGGACUCAGACGACAGGUCAGGGAUAAGCUUUUGGAUAAGUUAAAAGCAGGGAUAGGUUAUAAAAAAUAUCCCAAUGUUGAACAUCUCACAGAGCACUGUUCAGCCGGUUAUCUGAAAGUGGAAAGAGUAUUAAUCGAGGAGAGCAUCUUUCAGAGAAGCAGACAAGAGGUCCAUAGUAACCCGGAAGGAGCUGCAGAGAUCCAAAUCUAAGAUAGGAGAAUCUGUUAACAGGACAAUUAUUAGCUGUGAACUCCAAAAAUCUAGCCUUUAUGUUAGAGUGGCAAGAGGAAACCUUCUGAAAGAAAGCUGCAAGGAAUCCAGUUUGCAGUUUGCCAGAAGGCAUGUUAAAGACAAACAUCUAAUAUAAGGUGAUUGGUCAGGUGAUACCAACAUUUUACAUUUUGGCCUCCAUGCAAAAUAUGACAAUCCGUAUCACCCUAAAUACAGUGUUGGCAGUAUCAUGCUGUGGAGAUUCAUUUCUGUACAAGGCACAGGAAAGAAAUUCAACAGAUCAUGGAAAGACAGAAGAAGCUAAAUACAGGGAAAACCUGGAAGUAAACCUGUAAAAAGAUUUAACACCGGGGUUCACAUUGCAGCAGGACAACAUGAAGCAUACAUUGAGAAUGUUUUAGCAUAUUCAUGUGUUAGAAUGGCCUAGUCAAAGUCCAGAAUCUUUCAGUCUUUUUAUUUCGAAAAAGUAUUUCAAAAAAUGUACAUAAUUCUUUUCACACGUUCACUCAUGCACUACUUUGUGUUGGUGCUAAACUUAAAACCCAAAUUGAGAACAAUAAAGUUUGUUUGUUUAAUUUGAAUAAUGGGCUGUGAAUAUAUUUGCAUGGCAUUGCACAAAUUAGAAAAAUAAACAUUUUAAUAAAUUUGAGGUAAAGGAUCAGUUUAACUGUCAUCAGCUAUUAGCAAAUUGACAUAAAAGUCUCACAUAAAAAUGUGGGGAAAGAUCUUAUGUACUUUUAGAAAAGGCUGUUUGGCAUAUCAAAGUAUUCAAAGCCAAUGAUGUUGGAGCAGAUUCUUUUUAGUUUGUGAUGUAAAAAAAACCUGAUAGCUAACAGAGAGGAUGAAGAAAACUUUCUCAAAGAACUUUUCAUGAUUGUUAGACAUGCAAAUCGACAUCUGUAUUUAACUUAAAAACUCUUUUAUUAGGUCCAGCAGACUCAGAAGUGGGGUUGUAGUUUUUACAAUGCAGUCACACUGAUAAAUGUCACAGUUUUGCAAGACAUAUUAAAGAUUUUUUUGUCUUU